AUGGACGCCUCGUAUCCAUCACUUUCCCUGCUGUCGUUGCAGCAAGAGUGCUCCAUUAGUGUUAGUGAGGUUGCCCUUUUACAGCUUGUUCGUGAUGCGUUCGAUCAAACAAAUUGUGUUGUAAAGACCAAAGCAUCGGACGUCGAUCUUGUCACGGAAACGGAUCAAGCAGUUGAGAAGUUGCUAAUUGAAGGGCUUUCAAAAGCAUUUCCGGAUCACAAGUUCAUUGGCGAGGAGUCGACAGCUAACGGCGCCACUAUUGAAUAUACUAAUGCACCCACUUGGAUUAUCGAUCCGAUUGAUGGUACGACAAAUUUUGUUCAUAGGAUUCCUCUCGUUGCCAUAUGUGUGGGCUUAGCGAUCAAUAAGGAGCUCAGAGCAGGAAUCGUAUACAAUCCGAUAUCGAGAGAGUUGUUUUUUGCACAGGUCGGCUGUGGAGCAUUCAAAAAUGGAUUCCCAAUUCACGUGUCCAGCACGACUGCUCUCAACCGUUCACUGAUAACGGCGUCGCUAGCGAUCCAUAAUAAUACUUUUUUUGGUGGAAGUUGGUUGGACAUAGCUCAAGGCAAUAUGCGACGCCAAGUUGAAGCCGGUAUCAGGGGGUGGGUGAUU